AUGGCAUUCAAGAUUUUCGCACUGGCUUCCCUUGUGGUCGCCGCCAUCGGCCUUCCAGACAGCCAGCCUACGUACGGUUACCCCGCUCCCACUACUGCUUAUGCACCUGCCAAGUACGACUUCAAUUACGCCGUCAACGACCCAUCAUCUGCUAACGAUUUCGGACAUCAGGAAACCCGUGAUGGCGACAACACACAGGGAUCCUACUACGUCCUGCUUCCUGACGGUCGUCUCCAAAGAGUCACCUACAGUGUGAACGGAGACUCUGGUUACGUGGCCGACGUAACCUACGAGGGAGAGGCUCAGUACUCCGCCCCACAAGCCACUUAUGGACCUCCUCAGCCUUCCUACAAUCCACCCACGCCUUCAUAUGCUUAA